GCGGAAGGGAGCGUUUGGGUGGCGUUUUCUUUCACACGUUACCUGAAAAACAAAUCAAAAUCACAGAUACUCCUCGUGGCAUAACAUUCAACAAAGUAUAAUCUUUUUCUUCGAAUAUCCCUCGCCAUGUUUUCGUGGAUGAAAAAGAACGACGGUCAAAGAAACCCUCAAGUUUUCAACUCAGUCGUGGAUGGCUUGAAGAAACUUUAUUUCAAGCAACUGAAACCACUGGAAGAGUCUUACCUUUUCAAUGAUUUCCACUCGCCCGCUAUGACUGAGCCUGACUUCGUAGCAAAGCCCAUGGUAUUGUUAGUUGGGCAGUACUCUACUGGCAAAACAACAUUCAUUCGUUAUCUUCUUGAACGAGAUUUUCCUGGAAUACGCGUAGGCCCAGAACCUACUACGGAUAGUUUCAUCGCGGUGAUGCAUGGAGAGAAAGACCAAGUCAUUCCCGGAAAUGCUUUGAUAGUGGAUCCCACGAAACCUUUCCGCACUCUCGAUUCUUUUGGUAAUGCCUUUCUGAAUAGGUUUUGCUGCUCUGAGCUUCCAAGCCCUGUCCUUGAGAGUAUUUCAAUCGUAGAUACACCUGGUAUUUUGUCAGGCGAAAAGCAGAGUGUAUCUCGAGGAUACGAUUUCACUGGAAUUCUGAAAUGGUUUGCCGAACGAUGCGAUCGGAUAAUUCUUCUUUUCGAUGCGCACAAACUUGACAUUUCAGACGAAUUCCAACGUGGAAUUGAAGUUCUUCGCGACUACGAUGACAAGAUUCGAAUUGUCCUCAACAAAGCUGAUAUGGUCACGACUCAACAGCUGAUGCGGGUGUAUGGAGCUCUCAUGUGGUCCUUGGGGAAAGUGAUCAACACUCCUGAAGUUGCACGCGUGUAUAUCGGGUCUUUCUGGGACCAACCUUUGCAAAUUGAUGAAAAUCGAAAAUUGUUCGAGUGUGAAGCCAGUGAUCUGUUCAACGAUAUUCAAACCCUUCCAAGAAAUGCCGCACUGAGGAAGUUGAAUGACUUCAUCAAGAGAGCCCGUUUGGCUAAGGUUUGCAAAAAUUUUUUGAUUUUCACCACUUUCGAUCAUACAAUCGACUCCAAGUAACUCAACUCCUUAAGGGUAAUUGUAAAAUGUUUGAGUUGUCAGGAGUUAAAGUUAUUGGGGCUUGACAAACUAAAAGAAAGGAAAAAGUGAUUACUGCGUUACAUUUAAACACAGUGUUUUUCAGUUUAGAAUUGGAAAACUACAAAUGAGGAGUUAAGUAGUUGAGCUCUCUCUAAGUACAAUGCACUGUAUUUAAAUAAAUCGCUAACAAGAUAUAACAGUGCGGAGCAACGAACGAUUCAUGAGAAAGAUUUCCAUGUGAACUCAUACUUCACUUUGAAUGCAGGUCUUUAAUAAAAGGAGAAAUGGGAAGAAUAAGAGGUUACCUUGGGACCAAGGCUUUAUCUGAGAAUAGUCUGUGGCUAUAGGGAAAUCUUGCCAUUUCGUGUAAUGCUGAAAAUGAUUAGAGAAAGAAUGUGUUACUCCCCUAAAAUUUCAGUGUUUUAGACAAUAAUCUUGAUCAUUUUGACCUGUGAAAACAUAAUAUUUUGCAAGGUAUUCUCUAAUGAGAUACCAAGUUCAUAUAAUUUAUAAUGGUAGUUGUACUGAGUGGAUUGUGAUUUGGUCUAAAAUCAAGUACGCAGGGAGUUCAAUUUAAAAUUAUAAGUGUGAUUUCAGGUCAAAAUUGCAUGAAACACAGUUCAAUUACAACUCUGAAUUACCUUGUUUAAAGAUUUUAUUACAGACAUCUUGUUGUCUUCAUGCAAAAUCUGUAAGAAGUAUAAUUCAUCCAUUUCUUUUUGUUUUUAAUUUUCUGGAGACAAAAGCUUUAAAAAUCUACUGCACAAGGCUUCUUUAUCUCACAUUUUUCAGCAAUUUUAUUGAUUGCCUUAACGAGCCUUGAAAUUUUAUAAUUUUUUUGUGUUGCUUUCUCAUAUGCUGGAAAAAAGAUACAAUUUAUAGCAAAGACUAGUGUUGUUCAUGAUCAAAUUGAUGCUGAGAGCCAACAGAUUGAAAGGAUCACCAAUGAUUUAAAAAUUUUCAUUUAAUAGGAUAAGAAAAUGAAGAUUGAUGUAUACAUGACUGUCAAUAUAUGAAAAUCAUAUAUGUGCACUGUGGUUGAAGAAACAAAUAGAGGUGAUCCAUGCAGGUAUGAAUACUACUUAACUAGUGGUUAAAAUAAGGCCUGAAAAAAAUUCAGGUCCAUACAGGAUUUGAACCCAUGAUCUCUGCUAUACCAGUCUAGCACUCCUACCAACUGAGCUAACAAGCCAACAGGCCUUAUUUUUAAUACUAGUUAAGUAGUAUUCAUAACUGUGAGGACUGCUUCUAUAUUUGUUUCUUCAACCGCAGUACACAUAUAUGAUUAUCAUACAUUUAAAGUCAUGUUUUCACCUCUUGGAGGGUUAAUUUUGAACCAAAAUAAUGACCAGCCCCCAGUUGGCUUGUUAGCUCAGUUGGUAAGAGCACUGCACCAAUAUUGCAGAGGUCAUGGGUUCAAAUCCCACUGGGGCCUGAAUUUUUUUUAGGCCUUAUUUUCACUACCAGUUGAGUAGUAUCCAUAACUGCGAGGAUGGCUUCUAUAUGCAAAGAAUUAUGUGAUUUGUACUUUGAUUUGACUGAAAAAUGGUUCCAAAAUGUAGGUGUCAUGUAGUAAUCUUUAAGGCUGGAGAACUUCUUCAAUUUUAAGCUCUGACUUUUUUUGGGGGGGGUGAUUUUCUCUGUUUUUAGGUUCAUGCAUAUGUUAUAGCAGAGCUGAAAAACCAAAUGCCAGCAGUGUUUGGCAAGGAUAAAAAGAAGGAGCAGCUUUUGAACAAGCUUUCUGAUGUCUACAUGAAGAUUCAAAGGGAACAAAACAUAUCCCCAGGGGAUUUCCCUCCUGUACUAAAAAUGAAAGAGCAGUUGCGCAAGUAUGACUUCUCAAAGUUUUCUCCUUUGAAAACCAAGCUGAUAGAAGCCCUUGACCGCAUGCUGGCAAAUGAAAUUCCACGUCUGAUGGCCAUGAUACCCCUGGAGAGUGAGAGUGAAUCUGAUGCUUCUGUGAGAGGAGGGGCAUUUACUGUCUCUCAUUCUACCAACAACCCCUUUGCAUCAGGAGCCUGCCAGGGUGCUGCUUUGGGGGCUGGAUCAGAUGAUUGGGUGGUGGAAGAAUUUAAGCAUGAAUAUGACAAGAUCUUCAGAAGUUUGAAUCCUCAAGGUGGAAAGAUUAGUGGAGCUGUUGCAAAGAAGGAGAUGACAAAAUCUAAGCUACAAAACAAUAUAUUAGGUAAAAUUUGGACUCUGGCUGAUAUAGAUCGUGAUGGGAAACUUGAUGAGGAUGAGUUUGCUUUGGCAAUGUACUUGAUAAAGAUCAAGUUAGAGGAUGAUGAUCUACCAGAAGAACUUUCUACACACCUUACUCCUCCGUCAAAACGUAUUAAUUCGUCCAAUGGUAUGGACUAUGACUGACAAAACUCCAACAUCAGCAAGGCAGUACAGUGAUCUUUAAUAACUGUGUGCUGAUUUGGACAAGUCACAAACAUUUACAAUUGUCUGAUUGGGUCAAAAUAAUUUUAAAAGGUAAUAUACUAAGUAAAUGGUGAAAUUCUCUAUGGCUGGGGAGUUUCCAGCUUUGUGUCUAUGAGAGGUUUCAUAACUGUACAUUUUAUGCAGGAUUUGGAGUUCAAAUAAUUAUUUUAAGGGUUAAAUUGUAUUCAAAUGGACAUUUUAUUUAGCUUUUUUGUGCUAUUUCUGAUUUAGAUAUGUCUCUUCCAUAUUGUGCUGCAGCUAGUUUGUAAAAUUAUCUUAGUACGGUGAAUGCUUUUGGUUAUGUUUUCCUUCCAUGAAAAAGAGUAACUGACGCAGCAGCAUUUUAAAAGGUGUUUAUACUGCAUAACUUGAGAAAGAUGGAUAUAAUGAAAGGAUAUAAUGCAGAUGAACAUUAAACAGUAGAUGUAAACCUUAAUAAGUCUUCAGUCAAUAAACAAAGAAGUUGACUGCCUCUGUUGUCAGCUAAAAUAUCACACAAUAAGGUUUUUCAGAGCAGAGUGUUCUCUUGAUUUUAAAUUAAUUACAUACCACCAAGUGAAAAGGGUUUGGGACUUUUUGUUUAGGAGGUAAAUCAAUAUAUAGAAAGGAAGUACUACUGUUAUUGACAGAUACAGGUCUGAUAAAAUUUUCACUAACUUGUAAAUUAGUUAUGUUCAGCAAAAGUUAAUUUACAGUGAUUGAUUUAUUAAUUUGAUUUGCAUGUAAAAGGUGCAUGUUGCUGUCCAAUUCAUUAUAAUUUGUCUUCUAAUUGUUGGAAAACUUGGAUGUAACAAUCUGAAUUAGUUAUUUCAUGUUUCAUGAGGUUGUCUCUUCAACCAAAAAUCAAGAGACAUACCAGAUUUUGAUUGUGUACCAUUUUCUAUAAUCACUAAAAGUUAACUCAACUAAGUAUGGCCUGUAACUGCUACUGUCAAAUAUGGACAAAACCUUUUAUCAGUAGCAGGGAUUUUAUACUCAUUCUUUUUUGUGAGUAGCUCAUACAAGUGGACUCAAAAUGGUGACAGAAAUCUAAAGAAAAAACAUUGCAGGCUAUUUUAGGGUAUAAAAGCAACUAGCAUCUGGGCUCAUUUAUACAAGUGUUAGAUAACACUAUUCAAUAGAUAAAUCACUAUCCAGCAGAUAAGUAAUAGCAAAACAUAUUUUAGUGUAUAAAAGCAACUUGCAUCUGGGCCCAGUUGUUUAAAUGUCAGAUGAUGCUAUCUAAGGGAUAAAUCACUAUCCAACAGAUAAGUGAUAGCAAAACAGAUAGCAUUAUCCACUAUUUAGAGAUUUAUCUGGUGGAUAGCAUUAUCUAACCUUCAAACAACAGGGACCUGGUAUAAAGUGAACAUUUUCAAGUCAAUGCACCUUGUUAUUGGUGAAACUAGUGUUUUGUGUGUAAACCCAACCAUACUAUUCAAAUGUCUGUAGUUAUUGCCAAAAUUAGAAUUUCAGCUGAAGCAGCUUUUUCCUAAACGAAGAUAUUUCAGCUCUUAAAUACAUCAAGUUAGGUAAUUUUUUUGGUGGUUGUAGAGAUAUCCAUGCUCUGAUUGUUCAAGGAUUGUUUUAUUUCUUACCUUACCUUUUGCGAGUUGAUCAUAAAACCAAAUAAACAACUGUAAAAAUUAGCAGCUAUGCUAAUUUUUAAAUGCAUUUUCUUUGAUAUUCACUUUAGCAAUAAGUAAGGAUUUAUUUUCCAUUCCCAUUAAAUCCAAUUCUGUGCAAAAAUGUUAUGUUUAGAAUUUAUAAAGAGCUUGUUAAAUUUAGAAAUUGAAUAAGCUUUCAGGAGAUAUGAAUAUAGUUUUAUUUUAUCACUUUGAACCAAAGUAAAUACAUUUCUAAUGUGAAUUAGGUCCAUUCUUUUGACAGUGUUAUUAGUUUAAGUCCCCUUUGUACCAUCAAAUAAUUAUUAUUGCAUGAUAGAGGAACAUUACUUAUUUUUCC